AUGUAUCCACACAAAUACGAAUGGGCAAGCGCCAACCAAGAAAAUGGUGAUUGUUCAAUAUGGGUAAGAGCAGCUCAAUUGGAAUUUGAUGACGGCAGCUGGGAAUGUCAAGUUACGGCGAGUGAUUUUCAUACCCAAGAUGCACUUACUAGUCAUCCUGUUCGUUUGGUAGUGAGAGUGUUGGCUUUUUGCAUCCGUCGUACUUUGAAAAUACCAAAAGGAUUAUCUAAAGCCAAAUUAAAGCAACUUAUGUUGGCGGAGUCUGACGAUGAAUUGGAAGAUCAUGUCAUAGUGUUUUCUGAAGGCGAAGAUAGUGAUAUGGAGCCAGAAAUCAUUGAAAAAUUGUCUGACGUGAUUGAAGCCGAUAAUGAAAAUGUUCAGCAAAUUACAAACCAAGCAAACGUAAUAGAAGAGCUUGUCAAUCCAUCGUAUAUAUCUAAAGAUGGGUACAAAUGA